AUGUUGAACGUUGUGAAAUUGGAACUACCAGCCUUACACUCAAACCUUCGCACAGACAGGGGGACCUUGGCACAGAGCACUGUGAGGGACAUGUGUGAGGACUAUGAAGCUCCUCGUCGCUCAGUCUACGGGAACCAGUAUGCUGAGCCAGAGGGGCGUGACCGAAUGUACAAGUCCAGUUUGCCCUUUGAUUCUGGCCCAAAGGUGGGCCCACUGGAUCGAUCCCCGAUGGGAGCGCCAGUCUUGGCGCCUUCCUCGAAGAGCUCCGUCUUGGCGGAGCUGGGCACGGGCAAUGCGACGAACCCGGAGGACAACCACCGCCGUGGACGGUCCGACAUGAAAUCGCAUUUGCGGAGCGACUGGUGCCCGAAGACCACUCAAGUGUUGGAGGAGAAGAUGGAGGCCUCCUGGGUGAAGCGCCCCACCGUGAAGGCGGCACCGAAGGCUGGUUGGAGCAAAGUCUCACCGCCCAAGCAGGCGCGGCCGAACGCCACGCGCUGGCGAACGUGCGGGUUCCGCGGCGGGGAACCCGUGGAGGGUGAGAGAGUUUGGAAGGAUAGGUCUUAUGGCCCAAGGGUGAAGGGAGAAUGA